GAUCCUUUCCCAGUGCGGAAAGUCAGUGUCGCGCAGAAAAUGCCGUGUUGGCUGCUCUCAGGUUUCUCUCUGGUUCGAUGAUGUUAUUAAGAGGGUGCUGCUAGCGUACGCCGCACAGUGGAUUCCUUUGAUUCCUCUGUUUCUAGCUGCUUCUCGAAGGAAGGCAAGCAGCAGAAGGAAUAAGCACUCACACUUUCAAGCCACCUUUCGUUUCCUUCAAUUUAAAAUAUGGUUUAUUUACAUUUCCCACCGAAUAAAUACACGGACGAGGAGCAAAUGUUGCAACUUAAAUACAACAAACUUAAAAGGAAGGUGUGUAAGGUUACAUCUGUAUUACAGGUUAUGUGUAAAUUUGAGAAAAAAGCGCUGCAAGAUCUUAAGGCUCCUAAGCAAGAAGCAGAACGUAUUCCUCAAGCGCCAAAACGACCGACGGAAGCGAGAGAUGCACGCGAAGUUGCCAAGAAAUUAAUUAAAUCUGGUGUAAUUACAGCUCCGAAAACACCUAAGCGGCCAGAACAAAGUUUCAAAAGGCCUCGUGGAUUAGAGAGGAAAUUAAACAGUACAGAAAAAACUAUUAGCUCUUAUCAACCAUUUUCAGCCACUCAGUUGGAAGAAGAAGAAACAGAAGCGGCAAGACCAAGAGUAAAAGACUUGUAUGAUAGUUUUGUCAGUGCUGAAAGCACCGAUGAUAAGAAUACCGUUGAUACACAAUCUGUAACCAAGCCAGAUAUUAAGCCACGUGGAGGAAAUACAAUAUUUGUAUGUGGUUAUAAAAUAACAGAGGAUUAUCUUAAGAAACAUUUCCAAAGUUUUGGAAAUAUCAUCAAUAUCUCGAUGGAAGUAGAGAAGAAUCGCGGCUUUAUAACUUUUGAGAAGGCUGAUGCAGCUGAAAGAGCAAUCAGUGAAAUGGAUGGCAGUAUGGUCUCAUCAAUUCAGUUAAAAGUAUCAUUAGCAAGAAGACAACCUAUAAUCGAACCAGUCACUGAUAUGUCCAGCUCUAUGUGGUCACCAAUUGCAGCUAAUUAUUCUCAAAAAAGUGUGCACAAAGAUAGGCGGGAUCUUAAAGUAUACGAAGAGGAUCUCUUUCAAUAAAUGAAGGUACAAAUAUCUUGGCUCUGUUGCUAUUUUGUACAAUAUGUAAAUUACAUGUUUGCUUGAAUAUAUUCUAUAUCUGUUAGAAAAACUAUUGCUAUUUAUCCCGAACAUAUAGCACUUUAUUGCCGUAGAAAUGUGGAGAACGCGAAAUGUACAAGUUUAUACUCAAGUAGAUCCUCUCAUAAUAAUUAUAUAUCAGGCAUUUUGUACACUUCGGUAUAAAUAUAUACAUCUGACAUGCUUGGCAUAAUUACAUAAUUAUGUAUAUUUGGCACAAUAUAUAUGAUACAAUAUAUAUAUAUUUUUUUACAAACUCGUCUUUCGCUUUAUUUCGA